AUGACUGUCUUCGCCACCACCAGAGCCCCCCGUGCCGCCGCACCGCCAGAAUCAGAAUGGCCGCUGCCGCUUAACCAGCGGAACCAAUGCGACGGCCUGGAACUCCUGGCCGCCCUCAACCCGGAAACGGUCCCGUUGUGCAUCUUCGACCCGCAGUAUCGGGGGAUCCUGGACAAGAUGCAGUACGGCAACGAGGGUAUAAGUCGUGGACAGUCCCGAUCUGCGCUGCCGCAGAUGAGUGAAGAGACCAUCGGCGCGUUCAUAAGUGGCAUAUCCAGGGCUCUGAUCCCGUCAGGGCAUUUGUUCCUGUGGGUGGAUAAGUUCCACAUUUGUACUGGCGUGGAGCCAUGGUUUGAUAAAUUCGGUUUGGGAAUCGUCGAUCUGGUCACUUGGAACAAAGCGAAGAUGGGUAUGGGAUACAGAACCCGCAGGUACGGCGAAUAUUUGGUGAUAGCGCAAAAGUUGCCGAAACGGGCUAAGGGCAUAUGGCAUCGACACAAUAUUCCGGACGUAUGGACAGAAUCGGUUGAUAAACACUUUGCUCACGCUAAACCUGUCAUUUUGCAAGCCGCUUUGAUCGAAGCCGUGACGGAUCCUGGGGAUGUUGUGUUAGAUCCGUCCGCUGGAAGCUAUUCGGUGUUGAAGGCUGCAAAGUGGGUAGGCCGAAAUUUCAUUGGUUGUGACGUCAACGGGAUGGAACCAGACGGAGGUGCGGCCUUGCCGAGGAUCGACGAUAGCAACCCCGGCCGUAGGGACGGAUCGUAUACCCGAUUGUUCGAUGACGCCGACAUCGGUGCCAUGUUGUCCCAAAUACAUGCCACCUCGAUCAGGGCCGGCAUGGAGUUGGAAAGGGCCAUCCAAAAUCGCGCAAAAGAUUGCCAAAUCCUGAUACCGGACUUGGAUGCUUUUUUGAGCCGGUCGCACAAUUUCGACGGUGUGUUUCUUGCGGACAAAAAAGUGGUGAGAAAAUCGCAGACUAUCGGCGCCGGCACGCAACCUGAUUAUCUGGUGUUCGACCAGCGUCACGGUAGGCGACACUGCUAUGUGGUCGAAUUGAAAGACGGCGACGUGUUCGACACAAAAAAAACGGACGGGGAAAUCGAUUCGCUGAACAACUUUGUGCAAGUCGCGGCUCGGCGCAUUGAGUAUUCCUUGGAAAUUAGGGUUUGCUCGUUCAAUCAGCGGGAUAAAUCCGCCAUCGCUAACGGGUUUAAAAAUCGGAUCGAUAUCUCCGAAGUUUGGACCGGUUCGGAUUUUUGUGGGAUGCUGGGGAUUGAUUACCACGCGAUCCUAAACGAAAGAACAGCCCACGCGGAGAGCAACCGAGAAUGGCUAGUUUCUUCCAUGAUGCACAUCCCAGAGUUGCGGCAAAUCGCUCGAGAAUUCUUGGCUCAGACACCCAAUGACUGA